GAGUUAGAUAAAUUAGAUGGAAUUGAAGUGCAACUGUACCCAUAUGUUAAAUUAGGCAACAGUACUGAAAACUUAGUAAAACAUUUAUGUAAAAAGCAUCGUAUAAAUCCAAAGAAUUAUAAAAAAUAUCUCGAUGAUAAUAAUGAACUAAUAGCAAUAAUUGACCAACCUGCUGAUUCAACAAAUCCUGACCUACCUUCUCUUUCACCAACACAACAAUGGGAAUUAACAAAACUUGUAGUUGAGUUUAUUGUACACGAUGUCCAACCCUUAAAUAUAUUAAGAAAUCUGUCAUUUCAUAAGCUUCUAAAUGGUUUUAAACCACAAUACCAAAUACCAUAUAGAAAAACUGUUAAAAAAUAUAUUUCUGAAGCCUAU